ACGAUUUACGUCCUCGUGAACACGCACAAGGAGAGAGAGAGAGAGAGAGAGAGAGGUAGGUUUUGAGCAGUGAAUUGCAGAUCUUUUGGAACUAUCUAGCCAGAGCUGGAUGUGUCGGUCGGACGCAAUUGGCGGCAAAGUUUGGGGACGAGAGCGGGGGUGAGGUAUUGGCUUGGCGCGCAGGUGGCCAGCGUUGUAGGCCCAGGAGCAGUAGUUGUGUAGUCGAUCAAUCAAUCAAUCAACCAAUCAAGCAAUCAAUUCAAUCAAUCGAGCAGUUAAUUAACGCGCCAUCUCUAGGGGGGGGGGGGGGGGCUGUUGGCAUGAAAUCGUGUCGCUGUGGCACUGGUGGUGCUUUAUAGUUGGCGGUGAUUGGAGCUCGGCGUGAGAGGAGGGGGGAAGCGAGGGGCAGGGAGAGGGAGAUUGAAUCCUUAACAAAAAGUAGAGGCGGACAGGGAAGAGGAGCAAGAAGCAGAGAAGAGAGGACGGGAAGUAGAGAGCAACGUCUGGCAAUAUGGUCGGCUUUCGGUCCCGUGUCCUCUGGGCGGUGACCGGCCUCCUCCUCCUCUCCAGCGUUGCCACGUGGCUUGUUGCCGUUAAUGGCAGGCAAUUGGCCGGAGGUGAUGAUGGAAUUGAAAUGGUAACGUCUCAGAAGUAUUCCUUCUCCUCCUCCUUCUCCUCCUCCUCCUCCGACGACGACGACAACGACGUGGUCGUUUGGAAGGAGGAAGGAUCCACGGCGGCGGCGGCGGCGGCGGCGGCGGCGCUUCCAGACGUGCAUCCUUUCUGCAAGUUUUGCAAGGGCGCUGUGAAGGACUUCCAAGCUGAGAUCAAUCGCCCUGAUGCUGUCGACGUGGCCGUUCAGUCAUUCGAGCAGUUUGUCUGCGGUAAAUUGCAGGCGGAGGGUAUCCGUGAAAAAUGCAAGGAGGUGGGGGAGAUCUAUAUACCCGCCUUGAUUGAUGUGCUUCGCGAGGAUGUGACGGAGGACAAGGUGUGCGGCGCUCUCAAGCUCUGCGACGAAGACGACGGCCUCUCGCUCUCGUCUCCUCGCUCUCCCCUUUUCUCUCCCAUGAAUCAUCCUCCUCCUCAUCGUCCUCGCCAUCGUCAUUCGAAGCGGAGGUGCAAGGUUUGCGAGGCCUUUGCCGCCCAGGCUUUGCGCUAUCUUGGCCAGAACGAAACCGUGGCGGAGAUUGUCUCCCUUGCACACAAAGCGUGUCAACGACUCAAGGGGGAGACGUCGCAAGAGGAGUGCAACAGCUUGGUCGAAGUGUACGCCCAGGAUCUUCCAUCGGUCAUGGCAUCGAUAACGCCGGAGCAAUUCUGUCAUUUGCUGAAGUUUUGUGACGGCGACGACAACCCCGCCGCCGCCGCCGCCGACGACGAGAGAGAAAGAGACGAUGGGGAAGCAGAAGAUGUCAACGAUGUUAAUGCUGUCGGUCAUGGUGGAAAUGAAUGCCUUCUGUGUCGAUAUGCUGUGGUCAAGGCCAGGAAGAGAUUGGAGAAUCCGGAAGUGCAGGAGAUGAUACUGGGGUUGCUGGACAGAACGUGUGAAAAAGUUCCGAAGCAUACGGACCAGUGCAAGGCGUUUUUGGAGUCGUACAGUGAAAAUUUCUUCGCAAAUUUGGACGUGAUUCUCGACCCUCACGGUUUCUGUAGACGCAUGGGCGCGUGCUUCUCGUCGUCGAUGUAGGUGUGUUUGUCAAUCUGACGGACGAGGGGAGAGAGGGGGAGAGAGAGAGAGAGAGAGAGAGAGAGAGAGAGAGAGAGAGAGAGAGAGAGAGAGAGAGAGAGAGAGAGAG